AUGGCCAAAGACAUUUCCCUGCUCUGUAAAGGCCUGAGAAAAGGCGGAGCGAAGCGGCACAGCAAAGUGCUCCGUGAUAACAUCCAGGGCAUCACGAAACCAGCCAUCCGGCGCCUGGCUCGCCGUGGCGGGGUCAAGCGCAUCUCGGGCUUGAUCUACGAGGAGACCCGCGGGGUGCUGAAGGUUUUCCUGGAGAAUGUGAUCAGGGAUGCGGUCACCUACACUGAGCACGUCAAGCGCAAGACGGUCACCGCCAUGGAUGUGGUGUACGCUCUGAAACGCCAGGGCCGCACUCUCUAUGAGUCAUUGCAUAUUAGAUCAGGAAAAUCGAUAAUGGCCAGAACCAAGCAGACAGCGCGCAAAUCCACCGGAGGGAAAGCUCCCCGCAAGCAGCUGGCGACCAAAGCGGCCCGCAAGAGCGCUCCGGCCACGGGCGGAGUGAAGAAGCCUCAUCGUUACAGGCCCGGCACGGUGGCUCUGCGGGAGAUCCGCCGCUACCAGAAAUCCACCGAGCUGCUGAUCCGCAAACUGCCCUUCCAGCGCCUGGUGCGAGAGAUCGCUCAGGACUUCAAGACCGACUUGCGCUUCCAGAGCUCGGCUGUGAUGGCCCUGCAGGAGGCCAGCGAGGCUUACCUGGUGGGGCUGUUUGAGGACACCAACCUGUGCGCCAUCCACGCCAAGCGGGUCACCAUCAUGCCCAAAGACAUCCAGCUGGCCCGCCGGAUCCGCGGGGAGCGCGCCUAAACGGAGCCUGGCCGGCCCUGCACAUUCACCCCGAG